CACCUCCACUCCGGUGGUCCAACACCAGCCAUGGCAGCCGGCGACGACGAGUGUACCGCCUCCGUAGGCGAAAUCACCAUCUCCCCGGUUAAAGUCCAGAGUCUCCCCCACCUCACCCACUACCUCCCCAACCUCAAAACCUUCCCAAAUCCCUUGGACCGGAACCAGUUCUACCGCCCCUCCGACGGCUUCUACAUCUCCCCCUGCGAUGUCAUCCUCCGCCAGAUCACCUACGACCUCUCCGGCAUCUUCCCCUCGCCGCCGUCCCACCUCGCCUACCACCGCGCAGGGCCGCGGAAGCAGAUCUUCUUCGACCCUUCCAUGACUCGCGUCGCCAUCGUCACCUGCGGUGGACUCUGCCCCGGACUCAACACCGUGAUAAGGGAGUUGGUGGUUGGGCUUUGGGAACUGUACGGCGUGCGUCAGAUCUACGGCAUCAUCGCCGGAUAUCGAGGGUUUUACUCUUUUGAACCGGUGGCUCUGAAUCCGAAGCUGGUGGAGGACUGGCACAAGAGGGGUGGCUCUGUGCUUGAAACUUCCAGAGGUGGGUUUGAUCUUGAAAAGAUUGUCAAUUCCAUCAAAGAUCAUGAAUUCGAUCAGGUGUAUGUCAUAGGUGGAGAUGGAACAAUGCGCGGAGCAGUGACAAUAUUUGAUGAGAUUUGUCGCCAAAAACUGAAUGUUUCAAUAGCAGGAAUUCCCAAGACUGUGGACAACGACAUUGGCAUAAUAGACCGGUCGUUUGGAUUUCAGACAGCAGUUGAAAUGGCCCAACAAGCAAUCAGUGCAGCUUAUGUGGAGGCUGAGAGUGCAGUCAACGGAAUAGGUCUGGUGAAACUCAUGGGCCGCAGCACUGGGCACAUUGCCCUCCAUGCAACCUUAAGCAGCCGAGACGUGGACUGCUGCCUAAUUCCUGAAAACGAAUUCUACUUGGAAGGGAUAGGAGGGCUGUUUGAAUUUCUGGAACAACGACUUAAAGAGAACGGGCAUGCAGUGUUGGUAGUUGCUGAGGGCGCUGGACAGGAUAUGAUACCAAGAAGUGAUGCUCAGAAAAAAGAGACUGAUGAGUCUGGGAACCCGGUUUUCUUAGACGUUGGCCGGUGGUUGAAAUCAGAGCUCAAGAGCUGGUGGGACAGGGACCACCCUGGCGAGCUGUUUACCAUAAAAUACAUAGAUCCCAUGUAUAUGGUUAGAGCAGUCCCUGCAAAUGCCACAGACAACUUGUAUUGUACACUUCUGGCACACUCGGCCAUUCAUGGAGUCAUGGCAGGGUACACAGGGUUUGUUUCUGGCCCAAUCAAUGGAAACUAUGCAUAUAUUCCGAUAGCAGAAGUGGCCAAUGCCAAGAACCCUGUAAACACAAUGGACCACAAAUGGGCUUGGGUCAGAUCUGUCAACAAUCAGCCAGAUUUUAUAAAGAGGUAGAUGCUCAAAUUUUGUUACAUUUUUCCUUGAGAGAGUUCUCUUGAGUUCUCUUGCUGAAGUGAAGAUGACCCCUCAAAAAGCUUUCGGAUUUUGUUUCCUAAUCAUCUCUGGUAAUGUGCUUCCUGUUAUUUGUUGCCUCACGAUUAGGCUGAAAUGGUGUGACAGGUCCAAAAACCCAGAAAAUAAUGAGAACAUGGAAGUAUGAUAGAAUGAAUGGUGUUAUUGUGAUAUCAUGUAGAGGUGGCAAAUUAUGUAAGUGGCUUGUGUUUUGUGUUAUAUUAAAUCCUAAGUAUUCUAUUACA